AGCGGAAGACAGAAUUCUUUCUAUGGGACAAAGCUUCACCGAAUUUACAGGAAUUAGGGCUACGCCGAGCUUGUCGCAGAUUGCAGAAUCGUCGAAUGCAUUUCAAGGCGGCCACGGAUUUUUCAUUAAGAGGUCAAUGGCGCGCGAUGAGAAGGUGCGAGAGGUGGUGAUGGUGCCAGCGGCGGCGGUGUCGGAACUGACGAUGCUGAGAACAAUUCAUGGACGCCACCGCUUGUUGAAGCCAAUGAGGACGAGAAACGAUUCUGAUCGGAGCUGCGUGAAAGUUUGUGUGCGGGUCUGUGGGACUCAUGAGCAUGGCAUGCGCUAGUGCGGUUGCGGAGGAGGGGGUGUUAAGGAGAGGAAUUGAGUGUGCGUUGAGCGCAUUUUUGUCACUUUUUGUUUUUUAUCCGAGUCGCGAAGGAAUGAAACAAAAUCCACGAGCUGAGGCAUCUGACAACCUUUGAAGAUCACUUAAGAUGGAGGUUCACAGCGAUAAUGGAGAAGUGAAGGCAUUGGACGGAGUGGAAGGGGAAGGCAAGUCAGUGUUGGAAGACGAGGCAUGGGAGUCUGCCGAAUUCGUGCACGAGCCACCCAUGUUGAAAAUCACGCAGCCUAAGGGAAGUUUUUGCCAGAUCGAUGCCAGAUUUUCGGUAGCUUUACCCCCGGAUGGAGUCUUCAACAUCAUUACUGACCCUAACAACCGCCGUGUUUUCAAGAACAUCAAGGAAGUCGUCUACCGAAAAGUACUGGAGGAUGAUGGCAACCGGCAGCUCGUGGAGGUAGAGCAGCUGGGUCGGUGGCGCUUUCUCAUGCUCUCAGGCACCUUCUCCUCUCGUGUGAUUGUGGAGCAAAACCGCGAAGAAAAAUUGAUGCUUUUUGAUCUCUCCAGGCAAGGUAUGAUGAAGAAAUUUUCAGGCUCUUGGAAGAUAGAGCCAAUGCUUGCGAGCGAAUUGUCUAUCGGUUCCCGUGAGAACAAUGCAACGCCAGGAUCGUGGGUGAAUUUCCAGCAAGUGCUUGAGCCAGCCAUAGUUCCACCAUGGCCGCUCAACGGGUACGUGCGAGGCGUCACGGAGCGCAUCAUUCGAGAAAUGUUGGCUGAUCUGCAGCUGGAAUGUUUGCGCUUGUCACAAGUUAACAAUUCUUAGGCUCUGGAGUGCCUCAGAGUUUGCGUGAUGGAAUAGCAUGCUGUUGCAUCUCUGAAGCAAACUGCAAACUGGUUCAUAAAAAAGGUAAAUUUUUAUUCCAACUGUGCAGAAUAGAAGUUAGAUACACAGUUUCUCUACCAAAUUCACUUAUCAAUAUUUUUAUGAGGCACAUUUGUACUCAAUUUGCAUGUAUUGUUGAACAUGGACUCGGAAUGAUUUGUACUUUGUUCUAUGAUUGAAGAGGUGGUGGAUUACGUUGCCACCAUGUGAAAAUAGCUCCUACUUUUGUUUGUCAAUUGACGUUAUUUUAUUUUUU